AUGCCUCGCUCAUUUCUCGUUGGCAGUUCCUGCUUUACUGCCUCUGACCUGGAGGAGCUCCAGGCCCGUAUUGGCAAGGCCGCUGAUGUUACCGUGAAGAAGCUACAGGGCGACUGGUUGUACUAUCUGGAUCUCAAGGACAACUCCGACGCUGUCUUCAACAAGAUCAACGAGCUUCUGCAGGAUUUUGGCAAUCGACAGGCGCCUCUCGACGAAACGAAUGCCAAUGUACUCACGCUGUACAUUACACCGCGAUACAUCUCGCCAUGGAGCUCCAAAGCCACCAGCAUCGCCCACGUCUGUGGUUUGCGCGAUGGAGUCAACCGCAUUGAACGCGGAAAACGCGUCAUGGUUGAAUUUGGCAAGCCUGUCACUGAACAGCAAAUUGCCGCCUUCCGCGACAUCCUCCACGACCGAAUGACUGAAAUUUUCGGCCGCACGCAACCCGACAACGCCAUCAUGUUCGCUGAAGGAUCGCCUUCGCCUCUGGUGGUCGUCGACAUCUUUGCCGAUGGCAAAGAGCCCCUUGCGGUGCUCGCCGACUAUAACAAGGAAAAGGGCCUGAGCCUCGACCAAUCUGAGAUGGAAUACCUGGUCGGCGUUUUCAAGAAGCUCGGUCGCUCGCCCCACGACGUGGAACUCUUCAUGUUCGCGCAGGUCAACUCGGAGCAUUGCCGCCACAAAGUUUUCAACUCGUCUUGGACUAUUGAUGGCAUUGAGAAAGACAAGAGCUUGUUCCAGAUGAUCCGCGAGACUCACAAAAAGACCCCGGAUUAUACCAUCUCGGCUUACAGCGACAAUGCGGCCGUGCUGCAGGGCGAGGCAGCCAACUAUUGGGCGCCCGAUUACUCGACUGGUACUUGGAGGCUUACCCCCGAAGUUGUCCAUAUUCUUACCAAGGUUGAGACUCACAACCACCCGACAGCCAUUUCACCCUUCCCAGGUGCUGCCACUGGCUCCGGCGGUGAAAUUCGAGACGAGGGUGCUGUAGGCCGAGGGUCCGUGACCAAAGCCGGUCUUGCCGGUUUCUGGGUUUCUGACCUCCUCAUCCCUGGCAACCAUGCUCCUUGGGAAAAAGACAUUGGUCGACCUGCACACUACGCCAGCAGUCUCGAUAUUAUGCUCGAGGCCCCCAUUGGUAGUGCCCGCUUCAACAAUGAGUUUGGCCGACCAUGCCUUGCUGGUGUCUUCCGUACUCUACUUACCCCAUCCGAUGCCACCGAAGCCACAGAUGCAAAGGAUGUGUCUGAGUGGCGCGGUUACCACAAGCCCAUCAUGAUCACCGGUGGCUUGGGUACUGUUCGACCCGAACACGCUCUCAAGGAGGAACGCUUUGUUCGCGACGGCGCUCACGUCAUUGUCCUCGGCGGUCCUGCCAUGCUCAUUGGCCUUGGUGGUGGCGCUGCCUCGAGCAAUGCUACCGGCGAAAGCAAUGCCGACCUUGACUUUGACAGUGUCCAGCGCGGCAACCCCGAGAUGGAGCGACGUGCACAGAUGGUAAUCAACACGUGCUGUGCUAUGGGCAACGAAACCCCCAUUGCCAUGAUCCACGAUGUUGGAGCUGGUGGCCUGUCCAAUGCUCUGCCUGAGCUGGUCCAAGAUGCUGGCUUCGGUGGUAACUUCGAACUGCGCCAAGUCGAGAGUGCCGAUCGCAGCAUGAGUCCUCUCCAGAUUUGGUGCAAUGAAGCACAAGAACGUUACGUUCUUCUCAUCAACGCCGAAGGGAUGAAUCGUUUCACCAGCAUCUGCCAGAGAGAGCGUUGUGGCUUCUCCGAUGUUGGCACUGUCGUCUCCAAAACCUCCAACGGCGCAAGCCACCUUAUUCUUACCGACCGCGAGUCCAAGGAAUAUCCUCGGCCCAUAGAUCUUCCCAUGGAUGCCCUCUUUCCUCCUAAGCGACAAUUGAAGCGUACAGUUACUUCCAAGAAGCCCAGUCUCUCCCCCUUCAGCGCUCUGGCAAGCCUGGAGAAGGCUUUCGGAACCAGUCUGUCUACCCAGGAGCUCUUGUCCAAGGCUGUUGAGCGAGUCUUUAAGCUUCCUGCUGUCGGCUCCAAAUCUUUCCUCAUCACAAUCGGUGACAGAACUAUCGGUGGCCUGUCCGCCCGAGACCAGAUGGUUGGACCCUGGCAAACCCCCGUGUCCAAUGUUGCCGUCACUGCUACCUCUUUCCACAUUGGUGGAAACCAGAAGACUGGUGAAGCCAUGGCCAUGGGUGAAAAGCCGACCAUUGCCCUGAUCGAUCCAGCUGCCUCGGCCCGUAUGGCGAUUGCUGAAUCGCUCAUGAACCUCGGCGCUGCGGACGUCAUGGGCGACCUGCGUCGCGUCAAACUCUCCGCAAAUUGGAUGGCUGCCGUCAGCCAUCCCGGUGAGGGUGCUGCACUCUAUGAGGCUGUUCAAGGUGCUAUGGAAAUUUGCACAGCACUCAACGUCAGCAUCCCUGUUGGCAAGGACUCUACCUCUAUGAAGACUGUCUGGAGAAAUGGCGAGGAUUCCAAGAGUGUGACUGCUCCAGUCUCUGUCGCCAUCUCGGCAUUUGCGGUCGUCGAGGACUACAAGAAUACAUGGACUCCUCAGCUUCGUCGCGUUGAGGAUGUAGGUGAGACUCUUCUCAUGUUUGUGGAUCUGGCCGAAGGCCGCAAGGCUAUGGGUGGCUCUGUUCUGGCCCAGUCUCUCGGUGCUCUGGGCAAUGAAGCGCCCGACAUGAAGAACUUUGACAUGAUGACGGAUUAUUAUGAUGCUCUAGAUCAGCUUCAUAAGAGUGGAGUUGUGCUCGCUUAUCACGACAGAUCCGAUGGUGGUCUUGUUACCGCCGUCGCCGAAAUGAUGUUUGCUGGUCGCUGCGGCGUGGAUAUCAUGAUGGAUGGUAUUUCCAAGACUGGUAGUCGGGCUGACAUGAUUGAUGCCCUUUUCAACGAGGAACUCGGCGCUGUCUUCCAGAUUCGCAAAUCUGACGAGACGAACUUCAAGCGUUGUUUUGCGACUUGCGGUCCUCCUCCUGGACUGAUUCGCAAGUUUGGCGCUGUCAAGCCCAAGUCCAAGCAGAACCUUUCUAUUCGCUACGGCGCGACUCCGUUUGCUACACUCGAGCGUACUGAGAUGCAGCAGUGGUGGAGUCAAACUUCGUAUGCCAUGCAGCGGUUGCGCGAUACUGCUGCUGGGGCUGAUUCCGAGUUCUCUCUCAUCGCUGAUGACGAGGACCCUGGCCUUUCUUACAAGCUCAGCUUUGCCCCGUCCGAGAACAUCAUGCCUCUCAGCAAAUCUUUCACUGGCAUGUUUACUAAGCCUCCACGUGUUGCUAUUCUCCGUGAACAGGGUGUCAAUGGCUACGCUGAGCUGGCCUACUCAUUUCGCGCCGCUGGUUUCGAGGCUGUUGAUAUUCACAUGACUGAUGUUCUCGGUGGGCGCACACUCGCCGACUUUGUUGGUCUUGCUUGCCCAGGAGGUUUCUCGUACGGUGACGUGCUCGGUGCCGGUAACGGCUGGGCUCAGUCCAUCUUGAUGAACAAGACUGCAUGCGGCGAAUUUGUCAACUUUUUCAAGCGUCCCGAUACCUUUGCACUUGGUAUCUGCAACGGCUGCCAGAUGCUCACGCGUCUCAAGUCUCUGAUCCCUGGCACGGAGCACUGGCCCAACUUUGUCGACAAUGCCUCUCAGCAGUUUGAGGGCCGUGUCAGCAUGGUUCGUGUUGAAGUAGACGAGUCCAAGCCCUCCGUCUUUUUCCACGGCAUGAACGGCUCCUCUCUACCUGUUGCCGUGGCACACGGUGAAGGUCGUGCCCUGUUCAGCUCGCCAAACUCUUACCAGCACCUCUCUGAUUCCGGGAUGAUUCCAAUGCGCUACGUGGACAACCGUCUCAAUGUCACGGAAAAGUAUCCCUACAACCCCAACGGUAGCCCUGGCGGCAUCGCCGGUGUGCAGAGCAAGGAUGGACGGUUUGUGGCAAUGAUGCCUCACCCAGAGCGUACCAUCAUGGCUGGCAUCGCCAGUUACAUUCCGGAUGGUGCUACUGAGACUUGGGGCGAAUUUGGACCUUGGGUGCGUCUCUUCCGCAGUGCCCGUAGAUGGGUUGGCUGA